AUGGCCUCUGACAGUAAGUACAACCGUCUGCCCACCGUGUGACCGCACAUUAUGGUGAUUUUUACAGUGUCAGUGCCGGAGAUGGAUGCACUGGUUUCUUCUUGUGGGGGGGUUCGUCUGACGGAGAGGGAAAGGAUGUGCAGGCCAAUUUACUCAAUUUUUACCCAGUUAUCUUCCUUUUCCGCAGUGGAGUCAAGAUAUUGACAUUUCAGGGCCCGGAUUAACCUCAAAUAAAAGAGAAAUAUGAUGAUUAUUUCUCAAUAUUCUUGCUUUGAGUAAACUGUGCAGAAGCCUACUCACUGGAGAGUUGAUAGUUGCCUCAUCAUGGCCACUUCAUAGAAAGCUAUUUUUACAUAUCCUGCGUUGAAUUAUGAGAUAAUCUUUUACAAGUUAAAACAUUUAUGCAAAUCAUCACAGUGGUGAUGAUGACACUACAUCUUUUUUUAGUGAGCUGUUUCAUAAUAUAGGUCUGCUGAGGGCAUGAUGCAUUUAAAGAGACAGUUUUUAUUUUUGCAACAGCAAAUUAAGCUCCUGCAAUGAGUGCAAUAAAAAAAUACUCUUUAUUAACAAAGAAGAAUUUGCAGUAUAAAUGCAAGGCCCAGUGGUUCAACCAAUUAGGGUUUUGUCUUUUAAUUUCAUGGAUUAAUUAUUUUGCAAAACAUUUUCUUGACUAUAAGAGUAACUGUAUCAUAGUCAUGCUUCAAACCAACCAGCAAAUCACCAAAAGGAGAAAUUUUCUGCGUUUCGUUCAGGUUUUUACCAUCUCUCUUUGUUGACAUUAUCCACAGUUUUCAAACUAUUUUUAGAUUUAUUUUGGAAAAGACAUCCAAGUUCACUGGGGUGUUAUCCAGAAUCAAAUCAAAGCGUUGUGAAUUUUCUAUAAUCAAUUUUCAAACCAAAACAUCUUGAAAAAAUUCAAGUAUAUUUCGCAAACAAGAACACUCAAUACUCAAUAAAAAGCUUGAUCCAUCUGCACAAUGACUUUUUGUUUUCACGUCCGGAUCGCCUGACUUUUACAGCCUUUUUUAUUCGGACUGUAAAAUCAGUAACAAGGCUAACAACGGCUUCUUUGUUUCACCCAUCUUUAAGAGCGUGAGCAACAAAAUUAUAGCCGCUACAGUCAACUUUGCUAUCCUAAUUUCUUUACUCGUUACAGUAUAUGCAUAAUAAAUGGAUCAAGAGUUAAAGCUCCUGUGAGGAACUUUCAGUUUCUUUGAGUUUGGUGCCCCCUGUGGACAAAGCAGUCUUUGCUGAUCUUGUUCUGUCCAUUCAUAAACUUUUUCCCUUACUGGCUAAACCCACAGGAUCCAGAACAGCUCCGCUCUGGCAGGCAGAUCAGAUCUGCAAGCAUACAGCACCCACCGGAUCUGAUCCGCCGCCGCCAUCGGAGGAGAAGCUCUCUCACGAGCUCUCGCGUGUUUCCCCGGGAGUCAUAUAAUAAGAUCCGCCGAUCGGUGUACGUAAAAGGCGGUGUAUAUAAACACCCACAUCCCACAACCCUGGCCUCUCCUAUCAUCAAGCUAAGAACAGUUAAACGUAUUGACUUUAUUUUAUUUUGAAAAUUAACCUGAUAUUUUAUGUUGUAAAUUUUACUCCGCUGCACUGAAUUGAUGCGUAGUGCUCCGGCGUCCGGCAAAAAUAGAAGCCUUGCGUGUCUGAUCCAGCCGCCGGAGCCGAUCCACAGCAGAGCCGGAUGGAUUCUGUGGAAUCACUCACAUUGACUGUAAUGCUUGCGGAUUUGAUCCGCUGGCCGUGCCAGAGUGGAGCAGAGCUGUCCCAGAUCCUGUGGGUUUUGCCCGUUAUAUUAUUGCACCAAUUGGCGUUAUCAAUUUAAACAGUUUUUGUGUCUCUCACUGUUCUUACUAAUUAAAGCUCCCAUGAAGAUUUUGUCAUGUUUAUAAAUAGACAAAAAUUCAUUUUCAUGCUUUGCUGUGAUAUUCAAAAGCAAACAAGACCAUCAGUGACAAGAUGGAGGAUUUUUACAUCUUGAGUUGUAAUGCCUGAGACCAGUGAGAGGGGCAGGUUUCAGUUUGCAGAUGAAUAGACAGCCCUGCUUUAAAUAUCCACGUAUAACAUAAACAGUAAAUGUUGCAUUUAGUCUUAAAAAAUUGUCAGGAUAAGAUUUUUUGGAUAAGCACAUGUUUGCUUUAGGCGCCAAAACUCACAGGAGCUUUAGUAUUACUUCAUCAAAGCUGCUUUUGGCGCCCUCUGUAGGCAGAGACUUACUUCUUAAUACUCUGGUAUUUUGUGACGCUGAAUCUCACCUUGCUGACUUUUAAAAGACAAUUGUGUAACGUAUUGUGAGUAUUUACUGUUGAUAAUGAAUGAAAGGCUGUUUUCAGUCUGCUGUCAGUCAUAAGGUUUGACUCCUACCCUCCUCACAGCAUUUCCAAGCAUUAAAAAUUACAGUAUAGUAACUUUAAAUCUUGUUGAUGGUGGUUUUGUUUCCUUUUCUGGGUCAUGAAGACUUGUCACUAUGGAUUUUCAUCUGUUUUACUACCAGUUAAAAAUUCCUCACUGGAGCUUUAAAGUGCAUUUUCUUAAAGACAUAAACACAAAUUAUUGUUAAAAACACAAAUUUUGACCAAAAAUAUAAACCAAGACUCCCUAAAUGGAAAAAAGGUGAUGGUUAAUCCUGCGUCUGGUUUCUUGAAAGUUUCCCUCCACGUUAACAUUACAAUGAAGAUGGUGCAUAAACAAACUCAUCCCACUAAACCCAAAGCACACAUGAAAUCGUCACACCUGUUAUUGCCUCCUUUAUGAUGUUAUCCCUCGACUCUGAGCUGAAGGACUUGGUUUACCUCGCAGUACUCGUCCCAGUUGGAUCUUUUUAACCUCUUCUUUUGAAACUCCAAGUCACAACUGGAUGAAUUUCACAAAAGCGGUUGUCAGUAAGUUUAUUUACUCAUUCACUUAUAGCGAUAAGUUACCCAGUGUGCUUCUUUAUGGAAUCAAACCAAAAUGUCUAUUUCUAGUUUCAUUUAAAGGGAUUGUAGCAACAUAUCUGGAAUAUUAAUAUCCAUUAAUAUCCAGAGAUUUCCUGGAUUAUAAUUUUGAUUUACUUCUUUAAAGUUGAAGUACUUAGUCUGAUACUUUGCUUUAAAAAAUGUCAAAAAGACGAGAAAUGUCUGCGCCAUUUGUGUCAGCAGUAUGGUGUCUGCACAGGGUGGGAGUGUCUUUUUUUUGCAUUAGGUAAACAAAGAGGAGUAACUGACGCCGCCGCAUAACCAGAGGGGUCACUGCAGGGGUAGAGAGAAAGCUGGUAAUAAAAACAGACAAACUUAUUCGUCUUAGUUCGCUUAAGUCGAACACGAUGUAAAACAUUUCCUUGGAUAUAUUCCUGCCCUGACAGACGACACUUGUUGUGCUGUCUUUAAGAAACUCGCUGAUUUAGUUUGCAAAUGAAGGCGACAGUGAGAGCUCUUUGAUCACAUUAAGUACCUGAAGAAAAACAACUCAAAGAUAAGUGUCAGGCGUGUAAGACACUUUUUAACCUCUCAGUAUGCUCUUCUUUCUUUUUUGUGUCAUUGUAAAAGAUGCCAAGCAGAAUCAAAGAACUCCUCAGUGAGCUCCAUUAGAGAGUAGGAAGCAGUCAGCUGUGUGUGUAUGCGUGUUUGACGUUGUUUCUGCUUAUUAUGGCCUAGUUACAGGCUGUUUCUAUGUCUAAUUCAUGGAUCGCUCUCGCUACGGCUCACAGGCUGAGAGAGGCAAGUACUCUCAAUUGGGACUCGUGAGAAAUAUUUAAUGUCGCUGCUCGUCUCAGGAUAUUGAAACAGCCUUGAAACCUGUAUUAGUCGUGGUUUAUAGGGGCGCCGGGGCUCAUUGACAGCACAGUGCUGCACUGAUUCAGUCUGAUGACAAACCCCAGACUCGUCUCACUUUCAUUUUGCUCUCUCAGUUGGUUACGGUGAGGAUUUCUCAGAGGGGUAAAUGCUCAGAAGUAAUGAGAAGUUAAUGAUACAGCGUUAAAAUGGUUCAUUAGGGGACCUUUGCAUGCCACAGGCAGCUAUUAUCACAAACAACCUAAACGGUGUUUGCUCAUAUUAUGAGUAAAAAUGCAAUAAGCACAUGCCCUUUCUGCUCUGAUUCGUUCUCUACAGGCAUGUGGAAAAUUCUGUCUUAAAACAACUAAAAUGAAGAUGACCUUAAAGAGAAUCACCAUUACCCAUGGGAAAACUAAGAUAAAAGAUGGAGGUGCUCAGAAAAUUUUGUUAGGAAUGAUUUCUAGUAUUGAUUCAUGUGCAAGUAAGCCACUGGUUACAAAAUUAUGUCAGUGAUUUUAUUCGACCCCCAAGUGAACAAGUAAUAUACCUGCAGUUUAUAAUGAUAUAACUGAUAUUAAUAUGAUAAGAUCCAAAACAGAGGCUCAGGAUAGAUUAAAAAAGGAUGCAAUUUAUUACAAUAGGUUACCACUGAAACGGUUGAAAGAGUAUACAACACUAUACUACACUGUCCUUAACUGUGAGUUACAAUAUGAUAUGAUAUUGUACUGAAUGAUAAGAUAAUAUAAUAUAUAAUAUAAUGAUUAAUGCUGCUGCUGUCCCCUGUCCCUCUCUCUCACCCUUGUUCUCUAUUCUCUCUCCCUCCCUCUCCCUUACUUGUUCUCUCUCUCCUUCCUUCUCCCUUGUUCUCUUUCUCUCCCCCUGCCCUCUCUCCUACUCCUCUCUCUCUCUCCCCCUAUCUCUCUGUAUUUCUCCCCAACCCAGCAGCAGCUUGGUGGCUGUCUAGAUGAGUCUGGUCCUUCUCAAGGUUUCUGCCUGUUAACCUUCCUCCUGUGUUAGUUUUUACUACGCACCGACUAUGUUAAGGGUCGGUUUGGUCCCGUGUCUUAAAUCAGCUGCAAAUUACACUAAAAACAUCCUCUAUCAUCCAAUUUGGUUCUCAUCUCUAGGUUACAUUGUUAGGAUACGAUAUGACACAACUAAUCAUGAUACGAUACAAUACAUUAUGAUAUGUUACGCUACCCUUGGCUACAGCACUAUGCAAUACUGUUUAGUAUAAUAAUGUACCAUACCAUACAGUUCUGUGCAACAUGAUACAAUAUGAUACAUUAUAAUACGAAACAAUAUAAUAUAAUACUGUACUGUACAAUACGAUACGAUCAUCAUACUACUGAAAUGUAGGAUAUCAUAGGAUAUGAUACUAUACAAUACAUUAUGAUCAAAUAUCCUAGCUAGCUUAGAAAACUGCACUGUACAAUACUGUGCAAUAUGAUAAUAUAUUACACAAACGAUACUGUGCUACACAAUACGAUACGAUUCAUCAUGAUACGAUACAAUACAUUAUGAUAUGAUACGCUACCCUAGGCUACUGGACUAUAACAUACCAUACAAUACUGGUAGCAGUCACCAUCUCUUGAAGGACUUGACUGGAUUGGUGGCACACAGCUGUGGUGAGCCUCUCAUUUUUGGCGGCAGUUUGUUCAGAGCUCCUGAAAAUUAAAGUGUGUUGACUUUAUGUUGUGGUUUAGGAUGAACCGCCAUGGUCAAAUUUAUUGUAGUGCGACACUCAGACCCCUCUUGAAAUCCCUUGUGCCUCCCUAGUUUCAUGUUCCUGCAGACUCCGAUAAUGAAAACACACAUUGUAGAGGAUCACUUUCCCACUUUCCUCUGUGUUGUUGAGUUUUGGUGGUACUCAGGAAGAGACGUCUACCUCGCCCAGUGGGAAGCAGGAAAGCUGUGCUGAUUGACGGGACACGGAGCGGCUCAGACUAGAGGAUCAGAGUUCAGUGCAAAGGCGAGAGAAGGAGAAUGAAGUUGCGGAGACUUUAGGCGAGAGGUGAAACUUGUUUUCUGCAUGAGUGGGAAUUUAUAUUUUGAGAAGAGAAGAGCGGGAGUAGAGAGAGAAGAGAAGAGAGAUGGCCAGCAGAGGAGGAACUAAUGCAACCCAGUCUGCAGACAAAGAAACGAGGAAGAUCGGUAGAGGCCGUAAGCUUUGAAUUUUACUGUUUUACCCCUGAAAAUAACAAUAAUACAGAAUUAGAUUAAAUUUUCAUGCGCAGAUAACAGCUUUAACAUUAGAAAACAUGCCUCCGUGGAUUUGUCUCUAACGGCAACUUCCAUGUUGUUGAUGGCGUCCAUUCAAAGGCUUUGUGCGUAGAUACAGUGACAACAUUUGACUUAUCGUAUAUAUGUAGAAAUGAAUCCCAGAGUGACACCAGAUCUGUCCAGGAUAUUAACAGACAUGUAUUUUAUCAAAUAGAGCAUUUUUUUAAUCAAUAACACUUAAAGUUUUUCAGAAAAUUGAAGAAGGGGAUGGAAAUUUCAAAAUAAAAGUCUUUCAUUUUUACUCUAAGGAGACUUAUCACCAAAAUACAUUUCCUAAAGUCAGUUCCCUCAUCAUAAAAGUAAGUCAUUUGGUCUUUCACUUCACCCUCUGCUGUCACCAGCCCUCAGAAAGAAACCAGUUCAGCUAGCACUACAUAGUGACUUGACAAUAGGGCCCUUUGUGUGGAUGUGAGUGUGACGAGGACAAGAACUAUAGAUAAGGACAUUAAGAAAACAAGUGUACUGAAGUAGUUUAACUUCAUUUUUAAUACAUACUGUCACAUAUUAUCUGAAUACUGGAUUGUUAGCAUGUGUGAAUGAGAUCGGGCAGAUCAGUACUCUGCCAGGGUGUAAAGAAAGGUAAAAAAAAAUCAAAAAAUGCUGCUUUUUCAGCUCUUUGUUGAUCGUCUUGUCUGACACUGACCCCCUUUUGUUAUAAAUAACUUCAGUGAAAUGCUCAGACUUGUUGCUGAUGGUUUUGUUUGCUUCUGAAGCUCAUAGAAAAGUUCCAGUAUCAGUUUCAGGCUCUUGAAAACUCCUCGUAGUGCCUUUGACAAGCUUAAAACCCUAAAAUAUCCCAUAAUUAUCGAACAACCUGUGUGAGAAAUAAACUCUUGUUUUUAUGUUUCUGUCAGUGAUGACUGAGCAGGUUUCUCAGUCACUUCGACUCACUGAAGCGCAGCCUGUAACCAGCAGAUGGCAGCUCAGCUUCAGUGUAGUAAAGACCUGUUUGUAGCGCUGGAGUCAGAGCUGCACCUCCUCCUGAAUUCAUCAGAAGAGCUUUUCCUCCAAAGUGAUGCAAAGAUGAUGGUGUGGAGAUUUCUCAGCUGAAAGUGUAGAAAGAGAUCACUCCGUACAGACUUUCACAACAGUGUUUGUGGAGAAAACCUCAACAAAGGUUGAUUAAAUUACACACUUAGAUUAUUUCACAUGCGUAACUAUUGGAUUUAUUAUUGUCUAAUAAAACAGUUAAUUAAAUAGUAACUAAGGCGCACUAUUGAAGCGUUAUACUUGACGCUUUUCUGUAAGUCGUUUCUGUUGUUAUUUUUGCUCUCAUUUAUCAUCUCCUCAUCUCAAACUCGAGAUGCUCUUGUCUUUUUGGCCAAUCAGCACGUACAGACAGACAGCGCCAUGGUAACAUGAGACCUUCUUGCAUGUGGGUGGGAAAAGGCACACUCAUUAUACCUUAAUAGAGCCGCUGGGUUGUUUCCAGGGAAACUAUGAUUUUCAGGUGUGUGUGUUUUUGUGUGUACGUGUUUGUGUGUGUGUGUGCAUGAGCCUUGCGGUCACUGAGUUUGAGUCAGACAGCAAACACAAUGUGCUGAUGUUUCUGGGAUGAUUUGACCUCAUGUCCAAACAACAACAACAACAACAGCUCGGCUCUUGUGUUUGGUGCAGCGCGUCACGUGUCAGCUCUGGAGUUCAGGUGCUUUUAAAUAGAGAUCAGCGGGGAUGCGGGCGGUAAGACCAGAGUAAUGUCAACCGAGUGGAGUUUAUUUUCAGACACGUCAGGAAGAAAAUAACAGUGAAAGGGUGGAAAAGUGAGUGGAAGAUAAUUACCCCUCUUUCUGAAAGGGAAAUGUCUCUUCUUGGCUUUUGUCGAUAAAAUCAGGUGACUGGCAGAUUGAGAACUUUCGACAACUUAAGGGACACAAGACUCCGAGUAAGAACAUGUCUAGAUAGCUCUUUAAUUAAGAAAUAAAUGUAACAAGCCGAUGGACUUAAAAACUGAUGGUGUGGAGGAAGAUUUAAACAAGUUUCUUCACCCAGAUUGUACUGCACAGGGUGGGAGUGCAGCUUUCUCCACUAGACAGAUAACCUAGGGGCUCUCAUCCUGUUUUCUCUGUUAUAUCAGCAGCACUGAUUUGAGUUUUCUCCACUAGAAGAGUUAUUUUAGAGCCUCUGUUCUCUCCAAUUUAUCAGAAGCAUCGUGGUACGGCUUGUUUGUAUGAAGACCUAAGGCCAGUCCAUUAUGGACUACAGAGCGGUGCCACAGCUCAAGGAAGAACAUUUAUGAUAAUUUCUUUUUAAUUUCCUUGAAGUAAUAAUCACCAUAUUAAUCAUUUUGCACUGCAGAUGUGGUAGUUCUUCUGCCUUAGCCUGAUCAUAAGUGUUCUUCCUUGAGCUGUGUCACCCUGCUUCAGUCGUGAUGGACUUGCCCGAGGUCUCUGUACAAACAAGUGGCUGCUGGAGGAGAGUAGGUGAGUUGUGUUAUGGUGUGUAACUUAAUUUUACGCCAGAAUAUCCCUUUAAGAGAGUGUUUUAUCAUGCUUUCUCCACUAGACAGAUAUUCUAGGAGCUCUAAUCCUGUUUACUCUGUUUUAUCAGCAGCACUGAUUUGAGUUUUCUCCACUGCAGAGGGCGCUACACUGUGUUUUCUCCACUAGAAGAGUUAUUUUAGAGUCUCUGUUCUUUCCAUUUUAUCAGCAGCAUCAUGGUACGGCUUUAAGUUUCUAAACUGCAAGGAUAACCUGGUAAACUUGAGCAUGUUUUCUCUGCUAGAAGUACACCAGACAGAAACUUUUAUCCACAUUUUGCCCUCUAGAUGGCACUGCUUUACAUUAAGAGCACACUUUACAAUGUUUUCUCUCUCUUUGGGGUGUUUUUGCACAUUUUCUCCACUUUAAAUUCUUUUAUUGAUUUUUUCCAAAUAGAAAGUAGCCUUAAAGACACUCAUCCGGGUUUUCUUGUAGCGUUUUCUCCAUUUUAUGAGCAGACUACGGCUUUAAGGUUUCUCCACUCUAAGUACAUCCUUGACACAAACUUGAUGUGAUUUGUCUAGCCUGUGAGAGCAGACUUUUUGAGGGGAUGUUUGUGUUGUUUUCCCUCAAAUUUAGGGGGCCACCAGGGAAGCAGAUUGAGGGGGUAUACGCUUUUUCAGUCAGGAGAAUAACAAGGUUCUGUUCCCACUCCCACUAUCAAGAUUUAUGCCCACAACAGAAGAGUAAUCUUCCUGGAUCCAACAGGCUUUUGAAGACUGAGGACAGCGCAUUCAGCUGUGUGUUAUAGUAAUAAUCUGCAGGCAAAAGGCCAGGGCGUGCGCACACACACACACACACACACACACACACACACACACACACACCCAGUCCUAAAACUAAUUACCCACAUUAAUGAGUGACCUUACUUCGAACUGAGAGAGACAGCAGGGACUCCUUUUAUUCAUCGCUAAAAAAGAAGGAAGGAAAAUCUACAAAGAGCCAUAUUCUUCCUUUUCAGGAUCCCUUGUAUCUCUCAUUAAUGAGCGAUAAUAACGUGGCCUCUGACGCCGCUGUGUCUUCUUCUUCUUCUCCUACUUUUUUUUCCUCCCUCAUCUUAAUCUACGCUCACAUCAAAGUGCUCUCUUUCCCCCUCUGGAGCUUCUCACUUCAAAGCCGGGGUGGAAAAGUCAGCAGCUGCAUAGUAAUCAGGGGAUAAGGAUUUAGUAUUCACACACACACACUCACAUAUAAAACCUUUCACAAGCAAGAUUAGUGAUUGUGAAAUGUUUAUGGUUUCAAUCCCUCCAUCUCAUUAGCCUGAUCCGAUGCUCCUGUUUGACUUCUGGGACUCACACCCUUGUUUGUACAUUAAUUCAUUCUAGUUAGCCUUAAAUAUGUUUGCACAUUCAACAAAACGUCUCAUCAAUAACCUCCAUAUGUCCUUUUUUAACUCCCGUUGAUCCCCACGGCGGUGUAAUACUGCGAUUCAGUCAUCCACAGAGAUUAUUUCUGUUUAUCCCAUUUAAUUGAGGUUGAUUUGAAUAAAACUAGAGUCUUUUCUCCUCACGGUGGUCAUGUUUAGAGUUAAAUCUGGGUGUUGUAUGUUAAAAAGGCAGAGCAAAACAGAGGUUGAUGCAUUUGAAAUGAUGUGCAUCCAUGUCUGAGUCCUGUGUGUGCAUGUAUGUGUGUGCAGCAGGUGUGAGGCCAGACAUUUGACCCGGGGUUUCUUCCUGUCCAUCUGCAUGCAGACAGUAGGAGGCUCUGAGUCUCCAACACUGAGCUCAGUGUCUGUCUGUCGGAGCAGCUGAGAGGGAACUCCCGUUUAUAGCCUCACCCGAACACACCACCCAAACAUUUACUGUCGCAGUGUGUUUAUUUCACCCCGGGGGGAGGAAAUGCAAAUCAGUCACUUCUUUUACAUAACCUUAAGCCCUUAUUGUUGGUGUAAAUACACGGAUAAACCUCCUUAAUUCUUGCCGUCUGAUUAGAUGGAUUCAGCAGGUAGUUGCUGAUCCGGUUAGAAAAUGUGGCAAAGCUGUUGCUUUUUCUGGGAAAUGAUGCACACUGAUGCUGGAAAAAUAGGGCAGAGCUGUAUCUUGAAAACAUUACGAUCAAACCAGUGGCUUACAUAACAAAAAAAACAGGCUUGUUAGAUUUGUUAUUCCUGCGCUCUAUGAAACAUGCUAAAAUGAGCUUGUUUGCGUGUGUGUGAACUGUGUUAGCAUUCAUCUCUCGGUGCAGCUGCAGGUGACAGAAGCACGAUCACAGUAGUUUCAGAAGUGUUUUGACAUGAACAGAAGUGUCGGUCAAGUGGAAAAUUAGAUCUGACAGUGGCGCUACACGUAGUGGGUUCAUCCUCUGGGUAUAAAUGAUAUCAGUAGUGAAUACACGACAACACAUCCCUCAAGUCUCUCCGCUCGUGUAGGUAAAAGUGAUUAAGAAGAACAUCCUUCAGGUCUCUGCAGAGUGGUUUUCACUGUCACUGCCGUCAUAAGUAAGUGUGUAGGAGAGGAAAGAAGAGGCGGUGAUGAGGUUUUUUAGUUUUUUUUUUAAAGGGAAACAUGGAGAGAGUUAUAGCCGGUGCAGGAGUGUUCCCAUGCUGCAUCUGUCAUGCGUUAGCACUUCCAGACAUCUCACUAUGUGGGAGUGAUGGGCAGCUGAACAUGAAGAAAGUGGGUCGCCUGUCUGAUGAGAGAUGUUCUGUCAGUGUGUCUGAAAAGGAAGAAACACCCAAAUCGCUGUAUGUUUCUCUGUAUACAGAGGGGUUCGAGCCCUGAGGUACUCAACACACCCUCAAGAAACUGUCUGUAACCAGGAUAGCAGGAGCUUUUGUUGAAUCUUAUGAAAUAUGUCAUCUUAGUUUAUGGCCUAAAUCCUCAUUAUGAUGGAUGAGGUACUACUCAUGAGUCAGACGGGGCCAUGCUGUGCUCAGUUGUAAAAUUAAUGUUAAUUAAUACAAAAUGUCAACUAAGACUUUCAAUAUGAAGCAGUUAAGCUUGUGAUGCCAAAUAAAAACCAUUUGUAAGAUGGUCAAAAUGAGGCUAAAUGGUCAAGACCGAUUUUGUUCCGUCAGGUGAUCGUCAAUUAACAACAUGAUUAAGAAUAGCAGUGAUCGCAGUUUGGUUUGUCUUAGGAUGUAAAUCAUGGUGGGGAUGUGAAAAAGUUGUCCAAUGUAGGUUAUGUGACCAACCAAAUGUUGCCUAGCCAACCUUAUUUACAUACAGUAUGUACUAUGACGCCUUUAUUGGAUCUGCUGAUCAAUCCAAUUCUCAAUAGAUUCCCUUAUGAAUUUCUGUAGGUCAUCUUUGUAGACAAAUUUAUAAAUCAUCACAGAGUUUUUAGAAAAAUUGAAGCUUCACAGUCAUGUUUUUGUUGAUAUCAGACUGAUAUCGGAUAUCAAUAUCAGAUCGGGACAUCCCUACCUGGAAAUACCCUCAUCUUUAUCUGAGUGGUAGAAAAACCCUCACACAGUUAUUAUUGGAAACCUGCUGGUCUCACAAAGCGAGUGGAUUUUGCAGUAAGUUGGCACGUCCUACUGUUCUAAUUGUAGAGCCUAUAAUGUAAACACAGCCAGGUGAUGUUUGAUAUGACAGUCUCGACUUCCUUGGUUGUCAUUGGUGCUGAUUAUCUCUUGUGAUGUGACAUUUAAGAUCCUCAACACGGACACACGUACAAAGAGUAUCUUAUUCAGGGCUAAUCCAGUUUCCAGUGGGAUUCAGGCCACCAGAAAUCCACCCUUGAUGCCCAGCUAAAACUACCUGAGCCCAUCCAGGUCAUUGUACACACUCUAUGUACACAAUAGAUGCAAACACAGAAUCACUCAAACAACCACAAUUUCAGGGGCCAGUUUUUCUGGCUGGCGUAGAUGCUUUUGGGGAUUUCUUGGCUGUCUUUGGCAAACUAGAAGGUAGAGAUGUUCCUGCUUCUGUUGAGUAAGGUGUCAGGAGGCGUCGUGCGUCUAUUUUUGCUUGUGUAGGUGGGUUUUCGUCUGCACCUUGUAAUGCUUGCUCUUCAGUUUAUUAUGUAAGAUUUAAAUAGCAUAGCUGGUGCCUCUGCAAUUGGAGACUGAAUUAUAAUAUAACAGUUUCAGGAAACGCAGACGUAUUUGUCGCGGUUGUUGCUCAUUACUCAUGAGGACUUCUACGCCGUUGCUUGGCCACGUGAUUGGGUUGAUAAGUCUUAUCUUAACAAGGAAGGACAUCCUUUUCCAAUAAACGACAGACACCAGAGUGAAAAACAAAAGGCAGUGUGUGAAAUAAAUAAAACAUCUUCAAACACAUACACACACCCACGCUGUCAAGUCCUUUUCGGCGUCAUCUCCCAGCAGGAUGUGUACUCGUCUCCAUUUGCUCCCAUUGAUUUAGCUCUGCUCUCUGAAAUGUUACCCUGGAAACGGGAGACGGCGACCUCCCGCUGUGCAUUUCUAUUCAUCUGUAUUGAGUCUCAGCCGCCUCAUUGAGUGCAGAGCCGUACGCCUUGUAGCACCUUCGCUCCCUUUUCAUUUCUGCAUCUCCACAUCAGGUUCUCUCUUCCUCCUCUCUCUUUUUUUCCCCCUUCGCUUCUUUGAACUCUAUUUUCGUUUUCAUUCAUCUGUUUUCUCGCUGCAGCUCUCCUCACUACUUUCAUUCUAUUUCGGUCUGUAUGUUUUUUGAGGGGCUCUUUCAUAUUCUUGAUUUCUCUCUUGUUUAUAUCACAGCCUCUCUCAUUAUUUCACUGAAAAUAACUCAGCACUCUCUUCCCCUCACUUGCUUCUCUAUUUAGAUUCUCUCAUCCUCAUCAAAAGUGUCUUGCACCUGAUUCAGGUAGCUUUGAGGACCUGUAUUGGCAAUUUUGCCACUCCUGUUACAUAAACUGUAAAUCCGAAUGAAUCCCAGUCUGUGUACCUAUCAUCUCUGGUAAUGAGGUGAAGCUACUUUAUCCUUUUCAACCAAGACUGUGCAUAUUCUGCUUAAUUUAGUCAGUUCCUACCUUCUGGGUGGAUAAUACUAGCUUUGUCAGCUGUCUUUGCUUACCAGAGUGAUGCCAACACACAAACAGCAGGAGCAGAUGAAACAGAUUUGUACUGAAACCAGCAUUUAUUUAUCUUGAAAGAAUCUGGAGCUGCAAAGACAGAGUCAAGCUCAGUCAAAUGCAAAUUUUUAAGUCGUAAGUUUAACUUUAUGUCGUUUCGAACCUGAAAAACCUGUUAUCAAGUAUCCUAAUCAUGGUUCAGUGUGUAAUUUUGGUCUUAUGCUGCGUUCCAGUUACCUCAGAACGCACCCGAGUCAACGGAGUUCAAGUUAACAAGUUGGAAAACUAAGAUGGACGCCUACAGUUACCUGUUGUUAGCUGUUCUUUACAAUCGUCCGCUGUCGUAAGCCGUUGUCAUCAGUUGUAAGUUGUUGUUUGGCCUGGGACGAUAAUCAAUAAAUCGAACGAUAAAUAUAAUAUGAACUAAAUAAUUUUUCCGGCCUCGAUAUAUCGGCCAUGUGCAUGCGUGUAUAUGUUUUCCUUGUCUAACACCUCCAAACAUACCUGGAGCCAGUAUGCCGACUUUGUUUGAAAAUGGUAGCGACAAAAAAGGCAACACAACGAACUUGCAUGCCCACCUCAAACACAAUCACCCGCUCAAGUUUUCCCAGCUGGGGAAAUAAAACUGCACCCCGAGAUGCAGAGUCGUUGGCCUCAAAGUCAACGUUUACUGAAGUAAAGCAAGUACAGUCGGAGCAGCGUGAAAUGAGUAUAUCAGUUUUUUAUAAAAUUAUGUCGAAGUUAUGUAUGUUAUGUAUAACAAGAGCAUGCCUGACUUUCCUGACUCUGUCGCUGUUAGACAGUCAGCUCCACAUCUUUACCUCCUGCUGAAUUGACCAAAACUUAAGUUAAGACAGUGUUGACCUCUCCAAUAUGGCGGCAUAUCGCUCUUGGGAAAAGCAGUGGCCGAGCUGGCAUGUAUGUGUAACCUAGGCAGUUCAGCUCAUAGUAGAGACAGCCUGGGAUUGGUUGAAUGCAAUGUUAACCUGCAAACCUUAGUUAUUAUGUUGGAGUGUAUGAUGUUGUUCAGUUAUAAGGUAUCAGAUGGUUUAAAAAAAACAGUAAUUUUACACUGAUUCUGAUUUUGAUCAAAGCACCAAGGGUAACUCAAAUACUAAAGUAUCACUCAUUCUGUCUGUGUGUGUAUCACAUGCGUACUGUGUGUGUGCGUGUGCGUGUGCGUGUGUGUGCGCAUGUAUCCAGACUGCCUGUUUGUGUGGUCUGAUCAGUGUGUCAUUGUGUGUCCCCUCUCCCUCUCCCUCCUCCUGCCAGUCACCCCAGAGGCCAUCGGUUUCCUGUCGGCGGUGGGCGUCUUCAUCGUGGCGUUGGCCGUCCUCUUUCUCUUCAUCAACAAGAAGCUGUGUUUCGCACGCGUCGGUGGGCUGCCCUGUCUGGAGCAACAUGGCCGCCGGAAGAAAGGACGCGUGGGGAUCCGCCAGGGGCUCGGUGAGUGACCGGCAAAAACAGAAAUGAUCGUUUAAUCUGGUCAUCUCAAAAACUGUUCUAGCAAAACCUUGCAGGAAGGUGGUCUGGGUGGUGGAUUCACAUGCUGCUUUAAAAACACUCACUAUGGUAGAAAUACCUUACGCCAGGAUCCCACCGCAUGCAGAUCUGCUACGCUCCACUCCUGAACGACAGGCGGAUCAAAAACGCAAGCAUACAGUGCCCAUCGGAUCCAACUACCGCAAGUGGAGGAGAGGCGCUUGCGAUAUUACUGAUAUUUCUCACGAAAUCUCACGAGAUCUUGCAUGUUUCACCUUGAGACAUUGAUCGAGAUCGGCGGUGUAUGUAAACACCCACAUCCCACAACCCUGGCCCCUCCCAUUAUCACGUUUAGAACAGUUCAAUGUAUUGACCUUAUGUUAUUUUGAAAAUUAAUUGGAUAUUUUACUUUGUAGCUGCAUACAACUUCCACUGCCACUCGUCCGACUGCUACAGUGGAUUAGCAGUGGAGCCGGACAGCAUUGUGUGGAAUCACACACAUAAUGCUUGCGUAUUUUGCUGCGUUCGAGUCACCUGGGAAUUCAGAAGUCUGAGCUGAAAAUGACGUCGCACCAGAGUUACCAGCGUUUCAAUUGCCAAGUCGGAGGCGGAAACAAGAUGGCUACAUCUACGAAAGUUAUACAAGCUCUCGCCUUGUCCAAAUUUAAGGCAAAAGGCUGGGAACUCGGGUGUGACGUCAUUUUCAGCUCCAACGUUGACUUCUGAAGUAACUUGAACGCAGCAUUUGAUCAGGCUGCUAUUCCGGAGCGGAGCGCAGCCAUUCCGUAUCCUGUGGAAUUUAGCCAUUACCCUCCUCUGUUAUAAUGGUCCCAUCAGUCGUACUUCUUCUGUCCUAUCAGAGUAGCCUAUCCUUCAUCCCAAAGUUGCCUACCCUUCUCCAUAAUUGUGGUCUACCCUUCCACAUCUAAUCAUGGCCCUCCUUACUUCUUUUUAAAGAUCUGCUUACCCUGCUUCCUUAUCAUCCAGCACAACUACUCUCAUUAGUUAGCAUUAUAUAACUAGAAUUGAAUUGUAUAACUAGCUUCAGCGGUUUUAAAUCUCCAUUUUGAAAAGAAAAGACCCAAAAUGUUUCUCUUAACACCAGGCGUUUUAUUUUGAACUUGCUGAACUGUAGAUUUUGAAUUUCUUGGAGAUGCAUGCUGUCGCUUCCUCUUCAAGGCUCACCUGUUAUAUAAGCUGAACCAUUCUGAGUGGGAGACCGAAAGAGAGAGAGAGAGAGAGGGAAAGUAUGUGACUCCUGUAUGAAUUACGACUCCAAUUAAACUAUUCAGAAACGGAGCGAGAACGUGGGUGAGCUUGUGUUUGUACAGUAGUUCAGGUGGGCGAGCAUGUAUGUAAGAGAGAAAGAGUUAAGUGAGUCAGCUGCAUACCACCACAAAGCCCUGCGACUGCACACAAUGAAAAAUAUUAACAUUAUACAACCUUGAAGAAAAACUCAGCCGUGGAAAAAGUACAGAGAGAAAAGAAAAACUCGGCUUUCAGUCUUUAUUCGCUUUUCAUCACCCAGUGAAACGAUUUCUCUUCACCCACAUGUCAAAUACUGCCGACACCCCGAGGAAAGGUCAGUGAGUUUGUACAAAAUAUUAAAUAAAAGUAUCUUUGCUGUGGGGAUGUUUUUACAUCAAAAUCACAAGGUUUACUCUUUUCUAACGAUCACGAACCACCUCGUUCAAACUCGACUGGAUAAUAACGAAGACCUGAGCUUUUACGUAACCUCAAGGCUGAUCUAGUUGUUAAGGUCAUCACUUUAUUUUACAGUUUUUUUAAUUUUGUAAUAGUUUUGCAGGGAGAUAGCAUUAAUAAGCUACAAACAAAGAUUGAGUUAGGACACGGUUAGCCAUGAGAAGAAGAAAGAGAGGAGGCAAAAGGGGUAACACAGCUCGCUCUGACAAAUAACCGUCAAUACUUCUCCUUUUACAAUAUUUACAAUCAGUGUCUCGUUUUUUUUUUAAGGUGAAAGCGUAACAAACUAUGCAAAAGAGUGAUUUCUUGAAGGAAUCCAGAUCUUUUAUGACCUCACAGUAAAGGGGGGAUACCAGUGCCGAGGUUGGGCCACCCCAGUCAAAAGUUCUGGACACACCCCUGCUUCUUUGCGUGGCCCAACUUUGUCCAAUCUGACCCCCUCUCUGUGUGUCAUGUCAUGUUGUACAAGGGUUACAUUCCCUCCAGCAGAAGGGUUAAACACAGGUGAGUCAAACUCUGAGCAAACACUGCCGUGUUCGUCCCUCACCUGCAGCAGGUGGAGUCUCUGGUAUUUCCAGUUAGUGUCCAGAACAAACAUUACAUCCUGUUGGAAGUCUCUCAAUAAAAUUUUCCUCUCUGAAUACUCUGGAGCUUGACAAGGCGAGGUAAGGACUCUUUCUGCAUGAGUAAAAGUGUAGUUUUAACGGGGACGCUGUAGGCCUGAUGGAACGAUUGUAUUUUAGAAGAGUUCAUGUUUUAGUCUCACUCAAUUAAGGUAGAGGGAUUCAUGAAGAGAGAAUUGCUCAAGCUUUAAAAUCAAAUUACUUGGAAUCACUUGGAUCACCCAUAGCUUUAGUUUUCUAGUUUUGACAGUGUAUUUAUGCUACUAUGUAACUAAUUAUAUAUUAAGAUAUCAAUGGUGUUUAAUGGUAAUGUAGAUUAGUCAGCAUUUUUUCAGAGGAGGUUUUUGUUUUUAUUAGUUUGAGGUAAAAAAAAAAAACUGAGGAUCCUUUUAAUCAAAAUUUUGCAUUUUGGGUAUUUAUACAAUCAUUUAUACAACCCUAUGAUCUAAACGAGCUGUUUCUAUAGGUUGGAAAAUGUGAGCAAACCAGGUAUAAUAUGAAGAUAUUUGGAGGAGUUUGGUUCCCAUUUUUAGACUUAAUAUCGAGAUAUAUCAAGUGGACUGGAAUAGGAGCAGGAUGGUGUAAUUUUACUCCACAGACUGAGCACGAGUUACAUUAAAAAGUAAAUGAACUUUCGGCAUUUUAUGGUUAAAAGAAUCAAAAAUGAGUGUCCCUACAUAGGAAGUUAAACGGGAUGUGCAGGUGAAUAAAUCAGGUAAACUAAGAAAACUAAUUGAUGAAUCAAAUUGUUAUCGACGUUGAAGCAUAAAGCUCCUACGUGGAGUUUAUUGACAUUUAUAAAAUAUAAUUAAACUUGUAUUAAUGCCUCUUUGUUAUGAACAGAAGUGAGCAAAAUCCUCAGUGACUAGACUGAUUAUAUCUAUACUAUUACUAUAAAUACCUGGAAUCAGUCUGAGGGGUUAUUGGUUUUAAUUAUUAACAAAUAAUGACACUUUUGACCAUCAAAAGUCAGUUUGGGGACAUUUGGCCACAGGGGGCGCCAAAAUUGACAUGAACUUAAAGUUAGUCAUAGGAGCUUUGUGCAACCAAGUACACAUUUAUAUAUUUUUUGGGACUUAAGACAUAAUUUUUUAUUUAAUUCUUUAAGAAAAUAAUUUUUUAUGAAGAUUUUGACGAUAUAAACUGGAGUAUAACGUUUUUUAAAUGCUCAAAUGUUAGUCAUACAAGUUACAGCUGGUGGAGAGAGUCAGCGUACAAAAAGGAUCAUUCAUUCAUGCAUGUGAACACAUAUGACAUGCCAACCUCACAUGGAAUCAAGCCCCGCCCCUUUUAAUAAAUGCGAGAUCAUGAUGUGCACAUGUAUGUAUUUAUGUGUUUUUGAGUCAUUGAGCACCAAUACUCCAUUCUGAAGUCUUAACGCCUAUGAAUAGCUUCAGGAGACAGAAGUCAUCUGUCCAAUCAGCCGUCACCCGCCCACUCAGGCAGCAGCUCUCAAUUCUGUAUGUAACCAUGGCGAUCACACAGGUAGAGAGAAGUGACCAGCACUUUAGAGGACGCGCCGAUCGCUCCACCAACGCAUCUCUCAUUCAGCUGUUGCUAUCUAAUUAUGGUGAAAUUAUGAUGCCGGUGGAGUGACCCCGCUCUCCUCUAACACUAACAGCUUUUUUUUUCGUACCUGAAAGGUUGUGAGGCAGACACAGAAGAAGAGAAGCCUUAUAUAAGUUCUGUCUGCGUUUUAUUCAUUCAGAUCUCACAAAGAGAGGCUAUUUUUUUCAGAUUUACAAUAUCGCCAUCUCCACGAAAAAUGGAGGUUCAGAGUCUGGGUCGCUGAAACAGACUGCUGAGAGAUGAAGUUAAGGUUUUUCCUGCCUUAUCCUCUGAAUAAAAGCAUCACAAGUCCAAAAAUAAUCUUAGCGGUAAAAAUGGGGUGUCAUUUUUUCUCUUCACCUCUACCUCCUCUCCUGACUUCCUUGUUUCCUCCUUUCUUCCUCCUGUAUAUCUACUUACAUCUCUCCUUUCCUUUCCCCUCUUCCCUCUAAACCUCAUUUCCUUCUCUCAUGUACUUUUCUCCAACCUGUUUCUUCCUUCCUUCUCCUCUUCCCACCUUUCCCUCACUUCUUCCUUGUUUCCUCAUUUGCUCUUCCUGUCUUUCCUUUCUCUUCUCUCAUCUUUCCUCCUCUCCUCUCUUCCUUGUUUUUCUCCUCGACUCUCCCAGUUUUUUCCUCUUUGUCAUCCUCCUGCUCUCCCUGUGUGUUUUCGCCCCUCUAGUGAACAGUUACGGUGACGAAGAUGAAGUCACCACCUCUGACAGUGAAGACGAGGUCCUGAAGCAGUUCGAGAUCUCUGUGUCGCGCUCGCAGAGUUUCCGUACGGCGGCCAUGCACAUCGGCGGCAGCGGAGGCGGCGGCGGCGGGGGAGGCGGUGAUCAGCAGACCCAUCAUACUCAGCUUGCUUUGGGCCGGCGCCACAAGUUCACACGCCUGUCAGACCAAGAGGAGGGCAGCACUGAGCCGUCGGAGUGUGAAGGUGUGCUGGCAAUCCCACGUGACACCAUUAAUAUUGUUUACAGUUUCUCAUGAACUAUACCGUGUAUCUCUUUGGGAUAAAAAGUGUUCAAAAGUUUACCCUUUUGUCGAUCUAUCGAGUGUUUCCAGGCAUUUCUACACCUGCCACAAGGUUUACAAUCCAGCCACAAAAAUAGGUGUUUGAUCAAAGACGUUCGAUGGUGAAUACCCAGUGAUAUACCGGUGAAAACAUGAUUAUUAAUCGUUAAAUGCCGCUAAUGUCUUCCAGGUUUAAAAGCUGUUUUGAUAACGUCUUUUUCAGUCAAACUUUUGACCAAUUACAUGGUCUCAUAUUCUUCUUCUUCUAUUGUUCCCUUGACAGUAGUGUCCAAUAAGAGGCAACCAAAGAUCAUCUGUCUCAUCCCAGACAGGAACUGCUUCAAGGAGUGGCAUAAACAACUGUAAAUAGCAAAAAACGCCUGGAAGAAUUUGUGUAAAUAUGUAAAUAGUUUCUGUUGUGUGUUUGUUCUGAUCCCAGUAUUUCUUCUCCUGAUAGCCAAGAGUUAUCAGAAUGAUGUGCAGAUGAGAAAAGGCUUGGUCACUGCAGAUUUAUGUGUUUUUUGAGCCAAGUACUGUUGGUAUAAACUUCCGUUUUUGUUUUUUGGUUGACUUUGAUGGUUCUGAAUCUACUGUCACAUUCAUACUACAUAAUCUUUGCACCCAUAAACUGACAGCUGAGGUUGUCCUGAAAAAUAAGAUGUGUAUAUAUUUGCUGUGCUUGAAAGGAUCGAGUUGCUACAUAGAUUUUUAUCAGGCGGACCAAAAAUUGCAAAAUAUAGCUGGGAGUUCGAACACAAGGGAAUCUCUUUUGACACAAUCCUUAUUUCUCUUUAUAAUGAACCCCCCUGAUAUCAUUUAAAGCCACUCUGCCUGAUAGAUGAUCUCCAUUUGUGUCCAUCAAAAGGAACUAACCCUGAAGAACUUAAAGAACCUGCCUGUUAUAAUAAGCAGCAGGUUGGUGGUGGUGGUGGGCGGUGACAUUGUUAGGUUGAGGUCACUCUGUCUCAACCUGUCUUUAUUUUCCGUCUUGAACCAACAUGUAAGCUUUGCAGAAACACAAACAAGCACUCUCUCUCACACACACACACAUACACACACACACAGGCGGAUGACUCACUUCCCUCAGCCCGUUGCCAUGGUCAGCACUGUAUGCAGCCGUUGAUAUAACAGUCAGACCGACCUUAAUGAUGCUGAAUUGGAGAUAAUUGCUAUUGAUUGGACUUCGGUACGGCCUGUUCUUCGAGUGUCUCUGUCUCGGUAAAGGACAAGGUUUGAUGGAUUAGACAAUAACUCCCCCUGUUAACACACAGCGUCUCUAAAUGAGGUUCAGGUAAUUUCUUUUCGAGUGCACCAGGAGAGAUAACACGCCUGUAUUUCUCAUCUCUACUAAAUUUAAGAGUGUGUUUGGAGGUUUCCUGAUGGUUCUCGGUGAAACCUCAAUCUGUGACUUCUUUGUUAUGACUUGAAAAUGACCCAAAACUGUAAUUAGUUGAGUAUUAUGUCUGAGUCCAUCUUGGCCUUGUUUGCAUGUUAUAAAUUAGGUCAACAUGAUAUUUAUUUAACCUUGUUUUUUUGACCAUUAGAAGACAUUUUGUCUUAUCUAGGUCAACCCUGGAGGAGCCCGAUUAUAUUAUUAAUACAAUAAAACAAGAAGGGAGGGAGGGUUGGUUUUUAUUUACUUUUAAUUAAUUUUUUUAAAUUAAAUUUAUCAGUACAUUUAGGAUUAUACGCACUGGUCUCAAAGCUUAGCGUUGUGUCAUAUGUUAUUUGACACCUGUUGAUAAACACAAUUGUUGGUUGGGCGCCUGAGGCUCCUCUACAAACAGACUUUUAUCACGUACACAGUGUUUUCACAGCAUCCUCAAAACAGGUUUUUCAUAUACAUGUAAAUUUUUAAUAUAUAAUCGUAAAAAAAGAUAAAUUUGAUAUGGUUUGACAAACCUUCUAACUGUUCCAGCCAAUAUGGAUGUGCUGAAAACUGCAGUUCCUCAAGUGUCCACUAGAGGCUUGCUCCAAAAGUGAAAGAACUCCCAUUUACACCCUGUUAGGAAUUUUUUAACUGGCUUUGAAAUUGAUUUUAACUUAACUUAAUGUCUUUUUAUGACAUAAAUAAGCAAUCAAAACCAUCAACAAGCAACCAUUUUUUUUUACAGUUAUUGAUUAAGUCUGAAAUCAGUUUGGAUAGGUCCGCAUUUUUAGGAUGAUGGCGUCCAUCAUUUGUCUUCACAAUCCCGUAAAAGGAACAACUCACUCAGACUGUAUCUGCGUUUUAUAAAGUCUACGCUUUGGAAAAAUAGUAUAAAUUUGAUAAGUUAAUUAGAAACUUAAUUGACUUUAUUGAAGAACGCUGACAAACCCUGGCCUAUUACUGACUUUCUGUCCCUAUUUCCUCCCUUUGCAGAAAUGGACACUCAGAACCGACAAAGUUUUAAGGACCCGCUGACGGCGGCGGCGGAGGAGAGAGAUAAGGCGUCCACGCUCGCUCUGGAAAAACCUGCAAGUCUUGAGGUGCUGGAUGUCAGGGACAGUCCCACCCCCAGUAUGAGACGGCAGGCGGCAGACGGCAGCGAGGAAACGGAGAAGGCCGUCGAUAACGAGAAAAAUGACGCGACAGACAGCUCCUCCACCUGGAGCCCUGAGGUACUGCAGCUGUGCAUUUAAAAAAUAUAUAUAUCUUUUUUUAAUGCUUAACAGUGUCAGCGAGAGAUAUUGAAAGAUAAUUCAACCAAAUUGGAUGGUUUGGUAGACUCCUAUUGUAAUGAAUUUUACUCUGGUAAAUGUAAAAGUGUGUUAUAAUCAGAUAAAUAAUGUUUAUUCCAGCUUUUCAAUAAUAGAUGCAGGAUUUUUGUUUUGAAUCUGCUAAAAGAUCUGAAAACUCUUCAGAAGAGGAUGACUAAUCUAAAAACGACCAUUAACUACUAAUAUGCUCCAUCGCUAAAAUAGGUAAAUGUGCAGUGGAGGUAAAUGCGGGUUGUUUUCAUCUCGGUUUUCUCUGACUAAGGCUUUUUGUGCUUUUAGUUCUUGGAAAUAAGAGUUUUCUCUCUGAAAAAUAAAGCUUUUAAGAGCAAGAGGAAGUCUCUCCUCCUGGAAAUGAGACUUUUCUUGAAGAGGAAGUUUUGCAGGUGUGCUAAACAAAGUUUGUCGGCAGCAAUUCGACAAAAACUUGUUUAAAAUCUAAGGAAGGGAUUACUUAACAGGGUCAGUGAGGUGAUGGCGGCCCCGCUGUUACCCACCAUGCUUGGCAGAGGUAUCACCGUUACACGGCUUUGGGAGGAUUAUCAGUGUGCCAUGUUAUCCUCUCAGGUUUGAUUUGGAAGGAAAAAAAACAAACACAACCCACCGAGGCCUCGAGGUUUUGUAUAAAUAGUUGAUAUUUCCUUCGCUCUCCACGCUGCGUUGGCUAACAAACAGAAGCUCAUGAAUAAUAAUCACUCUGAGUGUGUGUGUGUGUGUGUGUGUAAACGGUGUGCAGAAAUGUGCGCAUAGAUCUACAAAGCGUGUAUUUCUGUGUGAUUACGGUGUGUGUGUGUGUGUGUGUUUGUGCGUGUAGGAGAGUGGGAAUGUAGAAUCUAACAACCUCUCAGUCAGCGAAUCACACUUUGAAAUUUGGAGCAAUCUGUGCUGUAAACACCUCCCACACACACACACACACACACACACACACACACACACACACACACACACACAUCUAUGUAGACUCAGAUCAGGAUCCAGAAAUGCUUCAUAAAUAAGAAAUGAGUUUGGAUCAGUGGAGCUUCAGAAAACAGGGGGAGAGCCAUGUUGUAGCAGUUUAUUUACAGUUAUGUAACUGUUGUAUCAUCGCGAAUGUUUCAGCUUAAUAAACACUUCUGCUGAUAAUAAUGAUCAUGAGAAUAAUGCUUUCAUCAGGAUUACUACGAGGACUCACUGAAACACAGAUAUUGACCCAUAAUCAGCAAAUUGAGCUGUUUUACUUCAGCGAUGAACACAAACGAUAAUUGAAGGAUCAUUUGUGAAAGGGAAAUAAUAUUAACAAUGACAGAGAAUUGGUUUGUGGGAAUGUAAGUAGUAUUGUGAUAAAAUAACAGUAACACUGUGCAUCAUAAUGACUGAUGCACAUGAGUCUGUUGAGUCUGUGAUUGCUUCUAUAAAUACAAGCGAAGAGUUUCUGCUGCACUCUAAACAAACAAAGUCAUCCUCCUAACAUUAAACUAUCUCCAUCAUCUCUACUCAAGUUUGCUUUUCUUUGCCGCUUAUCAGGGUGAAAAAAAGUGAUACUGAAUCGUUGAAACUCUUCUACUCUAAAAAAAGAGUUGCGAGUAAAAGUCUCAGAGAUUAAAAGUUUGGGUUUAACAUGGUCAAUUUACCGUUUAUAUGGUCUAACUGGUCGAUCUACACUCCCACCCUCAUCUAUGAUCACGAGCCGUGGGUAGCGAGAUCGCCAGUACAAGCAGCUGGAAUGAGUUUCCUCCGCAGGGUGGCUGGGCUCUCCCUUAGAGAUAAGGUAAGAAGCCCGGUCAUUCAGGAGGGGCUCGGAGUAGAGCCGCUGCUCCUCCGCAUUGAGAGGAGUCAGAUGAGGUGGCUUGGGCAUCUAAUCAAGAUGCCUCCUGGACACCCUGCUGGUGAGGCACCCAGGGAAGACCUCACAUUCUAAAAACCCCUGGGUUGAAAAAGGACUGACUACUUAUUGGGUUAUUUUGACCCAGAAUGUUGGGUUAUUCAAAUUAACCUAAAUUUUGGGUUGACUCAAUAACUCUUUUCAAAGGUCAAGUUAAUUCGGUCUCAGUACUGAAGAAAAUUCUAAAUCAGGUAUCAUGACAAUGGCCAAUUUAUUCAGUCUAACUCUCUGCUAUGCGCCGUGAGUGGCAUCCAGGGAUAAACAAGCUGAGCGGACUCUCACAUUGUUUUUAAAACGGAGCGAGCAAAGGGAUCUGAACUUUAUCACAAUACCUUAGUCUACAAGCUCGACGGCCACUUGCAAUACCUGCGCAGUAAACGCUCUGGGGGGGGGGGGGGGUGGUAAUACUUCAAGUUACAACAAAAGGUAAUUCAGCGCAGCUUUUCUGUAUCGGAAUAGGAUCGGUGUCGGCCGAUACUAAACUGUAGAUAUCUGUAUGGAUCGGUGCAGCCCUGUUCAGAAGUUAAGUAUGUUUUGAUGUUUUGUUGAUUUACUGCAAACUACAAUAUGAUACAGUGCAUUAGAACAGGAUACAUUACAAUAUCAAUGGUAUGUACCAUACUUUAUAAAGUGACAGGAUACAAUGCAACAUGUUUUAUUUAUAACUCAUAAAAUGGUACAACAUCAAAGAAUUUGUGCGUAUCGCUGUAAUUGUGUGCAUGGCGAUAAGUAACAUGAGUGAUAUGUAAAACAUCCCGUCUCUGCUGGAAGUAAUGCUUCGUACUUGCUGCACUGUUUGCAGAGGGAGAGAUAGUAAACAUCCACAGCUGCAGCUCAGGUGAGCUCGUGCUUCUGUGUUUUCUCUCUUCACGUGUGGACCUCCUGACCUACACGUUGAAUAGACUCGAGCACCCUCAUUAUCUUAUCUCCUCUGCGGUUACCAUGUCGACGGCGACACUCAGCCCCUCUCUGUCAACACUCGACACAAUCGAUGUUGUGUUUGCAGACUGGAUGGGAGAAUGAGAUUGGCUGCACUGAGGAGAAGAGGAGGAGGGUGAUUAUUUCUCCUUUAUGACAGAGUCUGCGCUCUGUCUCUUUCUCUGAAAUCUUGACAGGCUUUCAAGAAUUAUGGCACCGUUUUGUCUCUGAGUAUGACAGAAGAAAAAUGAACUCACAUAAAUUCGCCAUUCAAUGUGCCGUUCAAAAAUACAGGUGCCUUAUGUAUUACGUUUACGCUUCCACCCUCAUCUCUAAAAGCUUUUACAUUAAGAAAUCUUUUAUUUUUGUUUCCCUUUCUCAGCAAGAGCAUCCUCAUCCCGCCCUCGAUGAAGUCUCGUCUCAGCCGGUCAGCUCCUCCCCUCGACCUCCCAUCUCCAAAUGUGGAGACCUGGUCCUCUCCCUGGAGUACCGUCCCGACACAGAGAAGCUGCUGGUCACUGUGACCGCCGCCCGGGAUAUCCCCGACAAGGCCCGCAGCGGGAUGGACUCCUGGCAGGUGCACAUGGUCCUGCUCCCCUCCAAAAAACAACGGCACAAGACGUCCAUACAGAGAGGUUCGCAGCCGCACUUCAACGAAACGUAUCGCUUCUCGCGCGUGGAUCCGGCCGACCUGCACAUGUUGGCCAUCAGGUUCAGGCUGUACGCGCUCGGGGGCAGGAUGUCCCGGGAGAGGAUGAUGGGGGAGAAGGUGCUGCGUUUAGGAGGGCUCGACCCAGAUGGGGGAACGAUGGAGACGACGCUGGUUCUGGAGCCCCGCAGUAACCUUAAGGUGUCACUUUUACGUUUUAAUUUCACGUCACAUGGUCUGUUUGUUUACUCCUGCUCACACUCUUUGUUUCUUUCAUUUUGCAGAGCGUGGACUCUCAGCUCAGCCUGUCCGCUGUGUCUCAGAGCGACAGCGCUUCGUCCACCCAAUCCCUGACCCAUGGCGGCGUCCCCGAGCUGCUGGUGGGUCUCUCUUACAAUGCCACCACGGGGCGGAUGUCUGUGGAGCUCAUCAAGGGCAGCCACUUCAGAAACCUGGCAAUCAACAGGCCACCAGGUGUGCAAUAAACCCCUUAGAAACACAGAGACAAACACUCAUCCAAAUGUCAUUUAUAUCACAGUUCAACUGAGGAUACAUCUCCUCUCUCGGUUUCAUAAUCUGAGCACGUCUGCCCACAAAUGAUUUCUCAUAACUGCAUUUUUAAUCGUUUUUGUAUAAAAUUUUUCUCUUCUCUUCUUCUUCUCUUCUUAUCUCCGGUGUAGACACCUAUGGGCGUUUGACUCUGUUGAACUCGGUCGGCCAGGAGAUCUCUCGCUGUAAGACGUCAGUGCGCCGCGGUCAACCCAACCCCGUCUACAAGGAGACCUUCGUCUUCCAGGUGGCGCUGUUCCAGUUGUCGGAUGUCACGCUGCUGGUCUCUAUCUACAACCGGCGCAGCAUGAAGCGCAAAGAGAUGGUGGGCUGGAUCGCUCUGGGUAUGAACAGCAGCGGGGAAGAGGAGCAGCUCCACUGGCAGGACAUGAAGGAUAGUCGAGGACAGCAGGUCUGCCGCUGGCACAUCCUGUUGGAGGCGUAA